AUGAAUAAUAAAUGUGAUUUUGCAUUACAGCUGAAAGUGAAACUAAACAACAAUGUUGGAACAAUAUCAUUACCAAUGAAUGGAGAAGAUGUUAAAGCGGAUACUCUCUGUAGUGUUGCUGGCUGGGGAAGUGUAUGGAAACUUGGUCCAGCAACUGAUCGUCUAAUGGAAGCAAACACAUUUAUAGUAACUAAUGCAAAGUGUGAUUAUAGAUGGGGAUUUAAUUAUGAGGCCUCACAGAUGAUCUGUGCACAUGGUCAUGGUGGAUCCUGCCAGGGGGAUUCAGGGGGACCUUUGGUUUGUGGAAACACUGCUGUUGGAAUAACAUCUUUUGGUAACCCUUUUCGCUGCAAUUCAUAUUUGCUUCCUAAUGUCUAUACCAAGAUUUCAGCAUAUCUUCCAUGGAUCCACAGUAUUAUAGACAAUUGUGAGUGAUUUAUGGAAAAUGUAUAAAAGGUAGAAAUGUUUUUCUUGAGUUCUUCCAUGAACCAAUAAAAGUAUCACAUGGCAUUCAU